AUGGCUUGCUGUGCCAUCUUUAUCGGUGUGCUGGCGGUGUUGACUGGAUCCCUUCUGGCCCUGAUGCAGCGCCGGGGGCUGCUCGCGGCUGGGGAGGCGGCACCCGACCUGGGCAUUCCCACCGCGAGCAUGACCCACGAGUUUCGGCCCGGGCUUGUGGAGUCCGUAAUUGCCUUGGACACCCCGCCUGGAAAUCUCGCAGUGUCAGCUUCAGGCCGCAUCAUCUUCAAUUUCCACCCAAUGCACACGCAGCCCUCAGGCUACAAGUUUGCCGAAGUGGUGGGUGACUCCUGGAUUCCCAGGCUGGACCUGGACCGAGCCACAGAGGAGGUGCUCUCACUGCGCAUCGGCUCUUCUGGAAGGCUCUUUUUGUUGGACCACGCAGGUCACGGCUUGUUGCAUACUCCAAAGCUGGUGGUUUUCCAAAUGGGGACAAGCGCAAGCGAGGAUCACUUCCAGCUGGCUUACCCCUUUCCCAGCGAGAUCUCUGGAUUCGGUUCCAUGCUGAAUGAUUUCAACUUAUCACCCGAUGAGUCGAUGCUGUACAUUGCCGACACAUCCAUCAUAGGUGGCACCCCUGCCCUCAUAGCUUGCUCAGUCCCGCUGAUGGAGCAGCAGUCCAAGGAGGCCUGCCGGCGCUAUCUUGAUGGGCACCAUUCCGUGACACCUCAACAGUUGGCACCUCAUGGAACCAGCGCUCGCCCUGCACACGCUGAGAGCAUCAACGUGAACGGCGACUCCGCUCUCUGGCCAGCUCUGUCACGCAUCGGAGUCGAUAGCAUUGCCCUCGACCGGAAGGGAGAGUGGCUCUACUUUGGCCCUCUGACCUCCGCGUCGCUCUUCCGCAUCCCGGCCAGUCUCCUGAGUGCCAACUCCUCCAACACCGAGGUCGCUGCUGCAGUGGAGUGGUAUGCAGAGAAGCCCAUCUCUGACGGGAUCGGCACAGACGAUGCAGGUAACGUUCUGUUGACGGCCUUCGAGCACAGUGCUGUUGUAGCCAUCACGCCAGCAAGGUCCCUCAAGGUUGUGUACCGGAGCCAGCAGCAUCUGCAGUGGCCAGAUGGGUUAAGCUUUGGUCCCGAUAGCUGGCUCUACGUCACCUCCAGUGCUUUGCACCACACGAUGCGAGGCAGGAACGUUGCCAACCACGGCCCUUUCCACAUCUUGCGCCUGAAGAUGACCACUGGUGCAGCACCAGGCGGCAUCUCGGCUAGAGAGGACGUCCUGUUUUGGCGAAGCAAACUGCUUCGCUUCGAGCGCCGCGUGAAGCAGCUCUGGGCACCCAGGCACUGCUGUGAAGCAGGUGCAGAUUUAGCGUUGCAUGAGCUCUUGAAGUAUCGUGUGGCAGCCAAAGACAAUGUCAGCAUGCUCCUCUCACAGCCGACAAUUUCGGCGAAGGAGUGCAAGAAGAGGGCAGACAGAGACCUGAAGAAGCUCUUGAAGGCGGCGCCCGAAGCGCCCAUCCCCAUCGAAUGUGAGGAACAUCUGAAAGACUACUAUUGCCGGCUGAUUUUGGAAUCGCAAUCCUUCAACACGUGUGCGAACCUCUCGGACGAGCAGGGCUUGCAGUACUUUGAGUGCAUUGCGCGACCCAUUCAAGGACAAAAGCCUGCACGAACGGCCUUUGCUUCUGAUUGCAACGUGGACAGCAUGGCCGCUUCCGGCAAAGGUACUAAGGCUUCAAAGAAGAUUCCCUGGAGGCUAGAAGUGCCUGGCAAGCUGCGCAUCGCCUUUCUCAUCGUCGCCCACCAGGCCGUGAACAACGUGCAACGCCUGUUGCAACGCAUUUAUGACUCGAGCCAUGUCUACCUGGUCCACAUAGAUCGCAAGACUCCGGCCAUCAAGACCCAACUGGACCGCUUCCUGGCAGGCUCUCAACUCGCAGCGAGCGUGCAUACCUUUUCAGAAAUUGACGUGACGAAGGGCAGCAACGAUCUGCUCCGGAUCAGCAUUCUGGGCCUAAGGCGGCUCCUAAAGCUGCGACCCGCUAAAGGUGAAGAGUUGCCUUGGGAUUACUUCGUAAAGCUAAGUGAGUUUGAUUAUCCUGUGGCCCCACGCCAUGCCUUGCAGCAUUACCUAUGGUUGCACAAGGGCCUGAACUUUGUGGGCUUGGAUGCUUGCUCCGCAUCCACCUGUUCGCGGCAUUUGGGCACUGCAUGCGCCGGAGCUACAUACAGUUUCGUCUCGACACUCAGGAUGCACAAGCCCCUUUCUUUUGGUAUGCAUUUUGCCCGCGGGAGCGAGUGGGUGGCUCUGACCUUCGCCUUUGCGAAGUAUCUGGUUCGCGAAAUAGACACGCCAUCCUCUGCCAUGCACGAGAUUUGGAAGGAUUGCCUUCUCUUGUACCAGCCGGACGAAGCUUUCUUCCAGACGGCUAUUCUCAACUCUCGGUUCUGUCGGCAUCACGUGAGCAUGACACUACACCAUAUCCCUGCAGUGCUGCGAGAACGCAGAACUCAUGGCAAGCACGAUGAAAUUGGUACUCGCAGUCCCAAUGUGUUUUCCCACGAAGACUUGGCCGUUCUCCUGGAUGCUCAGCAGCCUCGGUUUUUUGCACGGAAAUUUCUGAACGUAACAGGCGAGCCCACAUCUGAGCUCUGCCGGCGACUGGACGACUUGAAUCAAGAGCGGGAGUUAAACACGGCGAAGAUGUCAUGGAAAGGCUUGCUGCCGUGGUUAGAGGCUAACUUCACGACAUGGGCACAGCUAGCAGGGCUUGCACCUUGGGGGAACUUGACCUGUCCGGCUCGUGGGAUGGGUGAGUCAUGCGAGGAAGCGAGCAUCCAAUUGCUGGGUCGGCUGGGAUCUGGCAAGUCAGCUACAGCACCCACUCGGGCCGGCAGGUGGUCACCAGAGACCUGGCUGCUGCAAAUUCGCGGGUCGGACUUGACAGUUCUGCUUUCAGAGAGGUUUGCAGUGCCGAUGCUAGCACCUGAAGGCUUCGCCGGCACGAGCAUUGGGGUGGCUCUUUUGGCCACUAGGAUCGGCACAGGUUGGAGAAGGGAACGAGGCGAGUUUGAGGGUCACGUCGGCGUAAUUCCGGCCACCAGCCUUUCUGCACGAGACCUCCAUCUUGCCAUUUACUGGGGCCCCAUCGUGCCGGACCCAGACACGGAUAUUCAGGCAGUGGUGGACUGGAUGACCCCGGAUGGCACGAAGUGUGGUCAGACGAAAGUACAGCUGUCAAAAGAGUCUCACCUGUCCGGGUGCCCCGUUGGCGUGGCCGUUCCGCAUGACUGCGCCCGCAUGGCGAGACCUGGGACCUGGGCAACAAGAAUACGACUGCGGGGUGCGACCAGCAAGACAUCGAGCGCAGUGUUCGCAUUGCGUGAGUUUGCUGUGUACGCUAGCUUUGAGGACCUGUCUGUUGUGCAGAUGCAACGCUUUUUCGGGCUAGAGCUCCUGCACAAGCCGGAGGGGGAUUCCAAGGAUCUGCAAAAUGAACGGGUCUCGGACCACAGCUCAGAGCCGGUCCACCUGACGGCCUGA